AUGGUGAAUGGUGGCUUACCUAGAUGCCUUGAGUCCAAGCAGUUAGCAUGUGGCCACAUUGCAAGAAGUAACGCUGGACUUGAAGAGGAGCGUGAAGCGGGGGUUAAUUAGACAGAACCACAGCAGACAGAUUGGUAUCCCAUCUGGACGAGACGAUGUUGCUGGGCGGCGCUGCUGUUGUGCUGCUGCUCUGCGUGCACCAUCUGCAUGGCUCUGCGCUUCCAGCCGUGUCCUCCUAUGAGUUCACCGCCUACAGGAUGCAACAGUACAACUUGGCACAGCAGAAGCAUGGCUGCCGUGGAGCUAUUGUUGUGGCCGAAGCGCGCUCAGGAGACGAGCCGGCGCUGACCCGCCGCUGUGUCAUCAUGAGGGUCGAGGACUUCACUGCUGAGAAGUACUUUGAGGCCCACAGACAAAAUGCUGCUGCUGUAUUGAUCCUGCUGCCCAGAAAUAUCUCCAGCAUCCCUCACGACACUGUACAGUCCUUCAUGGUGAGUGAGAGCGAGGCCUUGCAGAAGGAGACGCUAAUCCCAGUGUACGUCGCACCUGAAGAUGAACAGCUGCUUUACAUGUACGAUGAGGUCAAGCAGGCUGCAGCCACACGGACCUCAUCCAUAUUUGUCAGAGUCCUUCGGAGUAUGGUCACGGCAACCGCUUUUCAAAUGUUGGUGGGCAACAAUGCAGCCAUUAAGGCCACCACGGACCACUCCAUAAUCACCCUGGAGGGGGCGCUUCCUGGAGCAGGAGAGGAUGCACCCACCAUCGUCAUCACUGCCCACUAUGACUCUUAUGGACUAGCCCCAUGGUUGUCAUAUGGAGCAGACUCCAAUGGAAGCGGCGUCACCAUCCUCCUGGAGCUGGCGCGUCUCUUCCAGAAACUUUACAGUAACUCCAGCACCAGACCACCAUUCAAUUUAAUGUUCUCCUUAACUGGAGGGGGAAAAUAUAACUUCCUUGGCACUAAGAGAUGGAUUGAGGAGAAUCUGGAUCAUGCUGAGUCCAGCCUGCUCCAUGACAAUGUGGCUUUUGUUCUGUGUUUGGAUACACUGAGCAAAGGUGAUGAACUGUACAUGCAUGUGUCCCGCCCUCCUAAGCCUGACACUCCCAUUCACUCUUUCAUUCAACAGCUGAAGGAGGUGGUUUCCUCCAGAUUUCCCUGGGUAAAGGUAGGAUUAGUUCACAAGAAAAUCAAUCUUGUAGAGUCCACGGUAGCCUGGGAGCAUGAGCGCUACAGCCUACGCAGGAUCCUUGGCUUCACUUUGUCUCAUGUGGAAGAUCCCAAAUCUGAGCUCCGUGGUUCUAUACUAGACACCAUGUCACAAGUGGAUCUCAGAAAACUUAAACGUAACAGCAUUAUCGUAGCAGAAGCGCUGGCGCGGUACAUGUACAAUCUCUCUGACAAGGGCUCACCAAGGGAUGUGCAGGUUUUUAAGGGCCAGUUGGACUUUCAGGACAGUCGUUUGUCCAGUUUAAUGUCCUUCUUGACGUCAAUCCCUCGGGCUGCCCAGCUGCUGGACAAGGAGCCCAGUCAAGUCCUGCUGGUCAACUCACUGGAGCAUGAGUUCAAACGUUAUCUCCAGCAGGUCCACAGACACACCUUCCGUCAGGACAAGAGGGACCCUGACAUCACUUUUUUUGAUCAAAUGAACCAGCAGAUCGUCAUGUACAGGGUGAAGCCAGCAGCAUUUGAUCUCUUCCUGGGCGGCUGCAUCGCUGCGUAUUUGGGGAUUGUUUAUUAUACAAUUCAGAACUUGGGGUAUCUUUACACAAAACUGAAAGCGGCUGUGAAGACCAAGCACCAGAAAGCGUCGUAAGUCUGCAGAUACUGAGCUCAGGACAACGGCUGUAAAGACCAACAUGCACAUGCUGGAUGUUCACUUCACUGGCUACAGGGUGGAUGAAAUCAUUUCAACAUGAAUGUUUUCAGUGUGUAUGCAUAUGAUUUUAAAGAUGCUUGUGAUUUUUAUAUUAUACAAACUCUAACUGUGAAAGUUACUUGGAUGAACAAUAAUUUGUUGUUUGUAAUGAAGAGAAAUAAAGAAUGAGUGUGUUUUGGAGGCUGGGAGCAUAAAGCAUGACUUGGAUGUGAUUUGAGCCCCUGUGAAAGACAUUUCUGUGACAUCAUUGUGAUGACACCACAUGUCUCCCUGUUCUGCAUCUGUUGACAUGGAUUCACCCGGGAUUCACGUGGCUUUCAAUUGAGGCCCAACCACUGCAAUGGAUGAGCAGGCAGUCACUGUCACAGAUAACUCAGUGAGAGAACCAGAGACACAAUGGCACCCCAACCACACUUGGUGAAUUAUUAAUGCUCCUGUUGUAUGCUGACCAUGAAUAGAAGUGAUGGAUGGUGGAUUUGAUGGUACUGUACAUCCUUAAGGGUCAAGUUCUUCCACUCACUUCUUCCAAUUCAACAAAUCUGUAAUAAAAACGUUUUAAAUACAAGGGAGCUAAACGCCUAGCUGGGCCUCUGUGUUUGAGAUCUGCAUCAGCUCUGCGAGAGGCGGGUCAAGGACAGUGACCCCAGGUAUGUGUGUCUCAGCAGGGGGCUUGGAGUCCAGGGGGAUUAUUGGCUGAGUGCUCAGGUGGCACAGAGUUGUUCUGCUUCAGCUAGGUUGGUCUGAACUUGUCCCAACAGCCUAGAUUCAUCAUAAUGAUAACAGCAACAGGUUAAAGUCUGAUCUGUUUGAUAGUUGUUAAAGAUCCAUGCAGGAUGUGUGUGGCUGCAGGAAGAUAAAUAAUACAUUGUGACGCAGUAAGUAAUCCAUAGAAGUAAACAGGUGAUGCUCAAAACCCUGCAACAAUAAAACCCAUGCAUAUUAGAUUUAGGUUUCUCAAAAAUGGUAAGAGGAGUUGCACAGAUAGGGGGAAGGGGUGGAGCUUACAGUUGACGGCGAGGAGAACGAUCCUGCAUGACUUUCAGGUAGAUUGGAGACAGGUUGUGGAAAAGAAAAUAGAUAGUCAGUUAGUGAACAUGGCUCCCCAGCUCUACAUCACGAUGUACAAAGAGCAGUUUGCCCCUCCUGGCAGAGUGAAACGAACAGAGCUUCGACCAACCUCAGCAAACCGCAGGAACAACCCUCAGCCACGGCCGGUAAGAUGCAAAACCUUCUGUGUCACCUGCAUGAACUAUGCUAAGUUGGUCCAACUGGUCCCAACAGGGGACAUGGUUCACACAGGC